CAACUCAGGAAGCCUCCACUGAAACAACCCAAAAUGAUGCUGGAAAUGGAAAUAUUGCAGCACAAACAUUCACAUUCCGUGAGCUUGCUUUGGCUACAAAGAAUUUUCGACCUGAAUGCCUUCUGGGUGAAGGAGGGUUUGGUAGAGUUUACAAGGGUCGUGUUGAGAAAUCCGGACAGAUUGUAGCUGUUAAACAGCUCGACAGGAAUGGCUUCCAAGGCAACAAAGAAUUUCUUGUUGAAGUUUUGAUGCUCAGUCUGCUCCAUCAUCAAAAUCUAGUCAAGCUUAUCGGAUACUGUGCUGAUGGUGAUCAAAGACUUUUGGUCUACGAGUAUAUGCCUAUGGGCUCCUUAGAAGACCAUUUGCUUGACAUCUCACCUGAUCAGAAACCCCUCAGCUGGUAUACUAGGAUGAAGAUAGCUUAUGGUGCUGCUCAAGGUCUAGAGUAUUUGCAUGAGAAGGCCAACCCGCCUGUGAUCUACCGUGAUCUUAAGUCAUCUAAUAUUCUACUUGACAAAGAUUUCAAUGCAAAGCUCUCGGAUUUCGGACUUGCAAAGCUAGGUCCUAUGGGGGAUAAUGUCCAUGUUUCUUCCAGGGUGAUGGGUACAUAUGGCUACUGUGCACCCGAGUAUGCAAGAACAGGUCAUCUGACCUUGAAGUCGGACAUAUACAGCUUCGGAGUUGUUAUGCUUGAGUUGAUCACAGGAAGGAGGGUCAUCGACACGUCAAGGCCAACAGACGAUCAGAAUCUCGUCACUUGGGCAAUGCCGAUGUUCAGAGAUCAGAAGAGGUUCCCUGAGCUAGUCGAUCCACUUUUACGGGGGGAUUAUCCAGCAAAAGGCUUGAGCCAAGCAAUUGCCGUUGCUGCAAUGUGCCUCCAAGAAGAGGCCUCGGUUCGCCCGUUAAUGACUGACGUCGUUAUGUCACUGAGCUUCCUAACAACAGCAUAGUCAGCUUAGCCCUACUUCAUCUUCCAACUUCCCAUGAACAGCAGAGAGCGCAUAUAUUGGUCUGGUCGAAGCAGAUGAGAAGGGUGCUGAGGGUUGCAGCUCUCGAGCUGUGGAGGCCGUGGCAUCAUUCCAGCUCAAGACAUUAAUGGGGAUCCUAAAAUGGAAGUGAGUCAUUAUGUAUCCUAUAUACGGAGCUUGUUGCCUCUCUGAUCGUGUCUCGUUCAUCUUAGAACAUGAUCACAAUGAUCAGAGACACAGCAGCGGCAUGUUGAGUAUGAUCAUAGGGUAUGUGUGAAAACCAGGACUCCUUUUUGUUCUUGCAUCCAAGUAUGAAGCAUACAUGUUC